AUGUGUCCAUUCAUGAUUUCUUUAUUUGUUUCCUUUCGGUUCUGUGGAGAGAGUUGGAGAGAGAGAGAGAGAGUUGGAUUUUGUGAGAUCUGAUCGAAACCAACAAAAAUAAAAACAAAAAUUUCAGGUUGAUCUUCAAAAAAGAGGAAAGAGGGGAGAAAAGGGUAGCUUUUGUUUCAGUAAAAUGGGUGUGAUUUAAAAUUUGGGGUUUUGUUGGAAGGUAAUUUGGCGGAUUGAAGGUGCUGCUGAGUAUUUGAUCGCCGAUUAAUGUCUGUCUGUCUGUGCGUGGAAAUAUACUGUCACGUCGUUCAAGAAUUCAGCUUUUUUAAGUGAAGAAGAAGAGCUUGUUCCUUGGACUAAAAGAGGAAUUGGGUUUUCUUCAGUGAUGAAGAGAAAUUUCAGCUCUUAAAUUAUUCAUUUCAGAAGAUAAUCGAUAGAUUAUUUGGGGGGGUUUUUGAUACUUUUGCAGUAAAUGUUGAAACUUUGAUACAUGGCACUGUCACAUAGAUUUUUAUAGAGCUUGUAAAGGUGUUCCAUUUUUUGGAAGUAGCAGACAGAGAAGAAAGGUGUUCUCUUUUGCUCUGUUGCAGUGUGUGUUUUCUUUCACUUAACACCUAACAGCAUUUCAAGAACUCUCUUCGCCAACAUCAAGUCCACCGCUGCCAGAAGCAAUGAAAGAGCUGGAGAAGAGCUUGGAUCCACAGUUAUGGCACGCCUGCUCAGGAAGCAUGGUACAGAUCCCUCCGGUGAAUUCCAGAGUAUUCUACUUUCCUCAAGGCCACGCCGAGCACUCCCAAUCUCCGGUCGAUUUCUCCUCCUCCCUUAGAAUCCCGGCCCUUAUCCUAUGUCGCGUGGCAGCUGUCAAGUACCUCGCCGAUUUAGAAACCGACGAAGUCUACGCAAAGAUUAGCCUCGUCGCAUUGCCAAACAACGAACUUGAUUUCGGGGAAGAAAUGGGUAUAUGCGAUAAUGGCAAUAACACAGAGAAGCCUGCUUCUUUUGCGAAGACGCUAACUCAAUCUGAUGCUAAUAACGGAGGGGGUUUCUCUGUGCCACGGUACUGUGCAGAGACUAUAUUUCCCCGGUUGGAUUACUCGGCAGAUCCACCGGUGCAGACGGUUGUUGCCAAGGAUGUUCAUGGCGAGAUAUGGAAGUUUAGGCAUAUUUAUAGAGGGACGCCGAGAAGGCAUUUGUUGACUACUGGGUGGAGCACGUUUGUAAACCAGAAGAAAUUGGUUGCUGGGGAUUCAAUUGUUUUCCUUAGAGCUGAAAAUGGCGAUCUCUUCGUAGGAAUUCGCCGCGCCAAGCGAGGAACUGGGAUUGGAAAUGGGCCUGAGUCGUCGUCACCUCCGUCUGGAUGGACUGCAAAUGCUAGUUAUGUUAAACCAUAUGGUGGGUUUUCCCUUUUUCUGAGAGAAGAUGAGAAUAAGGGAAUGCGAAAUGGGGGGCUUAGAGGGAGGGAAAAAGUAAGGCCUGAAGAGGUUUUGGAGGCGGCGGCGCUUGCAGCCAACGGUCAACCAUUUGAGGUUGUCUAUUACCCAAGGGCAAGCACACCGGAGUUUUGCGUUAAGGCUUCUUCGGUGAGGGCUGCAAUGAGGAUCCAGUGGUACUCUGGUAUGAGGUUCAAGAUGGCCUUUGAGACAGAGGAUUCUUCGCGGGUUAGCUGGUUCAUGGGGACUGUAGCCUCUGUUCAGGUUUCUGAUCUCAUUCGAUGGCCUAAUUCUCCUUGGCGGCUUCUCCAGGUGACAUGGGAUGAGCCGGAUUUGUUGCAGAACGUAAAACGUGUCAACCCAUGGUUGGUUGAAUUGGUGUCAAACAUGCCAGUCAUCCACCUGUCACCUUUCUCACCACCAAGGAAGAAGUUGCGGCUCCCGCAACACUUAGACUUUCCCCUUGAUGGCCAAUUUCAAUGGCCAUCAUUUUUAGGCAACCCCCUUGGGCCUAGCAGCCCCUUGUGUUGUCUAUCUGAUAACACUCCUGCAGGCAUACAGGGAGCCAGGCAUGCUCAAUUUGGAAUAUCUUUAUCAGAUCUCCAGCUUAACAACAAAAUGCAGUCAGGGCUGUUUUUAUCUGGUCUCCAGCGGUUCAAUUCACAUUCUAGAAUUUCUGAAAGUUUCAUGAAAGGCCAUACAAACAGCAAUGAGAAUUUAUCUUGCUUGUUGACAAUGGGGAACUCUAAUACAAAUUCUGAGAAAUCUGAUAAUGUAAAGACGCACCAAUUUUUACUUUUUGGUCAACCAAUACUCACUGAGCAGCAGAUUUCUCAUAGCUGUUCCACUGAUGCAGUCUCACAAGUUCUCAGUAGAAAAUUUUCGUCUGACGAGAGUCUAGAAAAAGUAAAAAGUCAUGACGUUUUAGGAUCUGCUCAUGAGAAGCAAACUUUGCCAGAAAAGCCAGCCAAUACUGGGUUGUCAUGGCAAAAUCUUCGUAACACUGAUACGGGCUUGGAUGCUGGUCAGUGCAAGGUUUUCUUGGAAUCAGAGGAUGUAGGUCGGACCCUUGACUUAUCUGUUCUUGGAUCUUAUGAAGAGCUGCAUAGUAGGUUGGCCAAAAUGUUUGGGAUAGAAAGAUCAGAUAUUUUCAGCCAUGUUCUUUACCGAGAUGCAAUGGGUGAUGUUAAACGGAUGGGAGAUGAGCCAUUCAGUGUCUUCACAAAAACAGCAAAAAGGUUGACAAUUCUGAUGAAUCCAGCUAGCAGUGACAAUAUUGGAAGGCCAUGGAUCACUGGUAUGCGGAGCACUGAAAAUGGUCUAGAGGCUUCAAAUAAGACUGGUCCCUUGAGCAUAUUUGCAUAACAUAGUGCGUGGGAUAUGAGAGUAGAUGCAGAUAGAAUAACUGGAUUUUGAAUAGUUUUCAGUUCUUGUUAUAUAUAGAUAGGAGAAACAGGAUAAAGAACUACAAUCUCCCAUCUCUUAUUAAAGCUGUUAUCUGAAUGUAUUUCUUAUUAGCAUCAGUGUUUAUUGUACUGAAUAUUCUCUGCUUAAUAUUAUGGUGAAGUUUUCUUGCCUCCA